GAGACACGAGUCUCAAAGGUUAGAGACACUGCAGAUGUCCUAUUUACAUGCUGGCGAACAGAGACCUAAAAACCUAAUGCAAAGCCAACAGGGACUUCAUGCAAUUUCACAUAAUAAACAUUAAGAAACACUUUACUUCUGUAAGACAGACGUUCAAUACAUGACACGACAGAGACUGGCAAGCCUUGAUGGGACAGAGAUGGUGUUUUUGUGAUGACGUCACCAAGAAGGGGAUGUUAUAUAGAGCCAAGGCAUCCGACCGCCUUUAUUCUCCAAACUUCUCUGGAAAAGGCCGAAACAGACAACGCUGCCAGUAUGAGACUGUACCUCGCCGUUGCCGUGUUGAUGAUGCUCGUGGUCGCUGCGCAAGCGGAAACACAAAUGCCUCCUGCGUUUCAAAAGAUUGCAGACUUCCACCAAAAAGUCGUGGAGUUUGGAUCGGAUUUGUCCGAUAAGGCCUCGGCCGCAUUCAAGAAGCUGGAGGAGAGCGAGUUUGUCACUAAGACCAAGAGCUGGUUCACUGAGCAGAUGAGUAAGUUAAAGGAUGCCUUCAGCAAGUAAACCCACCCACCAUAACCCAAGACCCCUGCAGUCCCAGACGAUGUAAUAUUGCUACGCCUCAUUGUGCUUAACAGAGCCAGCUGUUACAGCCUUCACACUCUGGGACGACCUGCUCACUUUUUGUAUGAUCUGUGCAACAUCUAGUCAUUUUCUGUCAUUUUCUAUCAUUGUCAAGUGAUAUCAAAGCUGUCAAAUUCAAGAAAUGUGCCAAUAAAGGCUGGAAACAAUAAGAAAGAA